AUGAAGAAAACUGCAAAACAGAAUAUGUUCGGUUUCCUGAAACGAUUAAUUCCCAAAGAUGCGAAGAAGGAAGAAAAGAGGCGACUCCUGAACUCUGUUGAUCUCUCGGACGUUUGCGUUAUCAAUGUGGAGACUUUGCGAUGCGCUGUUUGCUUCAAUAUCUACACGGGAGUUCCACGUACACUGACCUGUGGCCACUCAUUCUGUCAGCAAUGUAUCGAAGGAGUUAUUCAAGAGGAGCGUGAUGAUGUUCCGAAUCCGAAUGGUCGUUUGUCUCUUCACUGCCCAAUCUGCCGAAAGAAGGUUCAAUAUCACAAAAUCGUACUCAACUACACGCUGAAAAACAUUCUGGACAGCAUCAAUGAGCUAUCGCAGGAGGAGGAGGAAGUCCGAAGGGCUUAUGACAACACACUCGAUGCUUCAAACGAACAGCUUCGCCAGCGAUGCACGGAUUUGGAGCGGCUCAACAACGACUUGAACAAGAAGAUUGGCGAGAUGCGUCACAAGGAAUACUACAACUACGUCGCCAUUGCCUUUUUCAUCAUCAUCUACAUCAUCAUGAACACACUGCUUGGCAACUGA